AAAUAUCCAUAUCCGAUGACGGUCGCCCUAGCAUCACUCUGUAGCAUCGAUCUUUAUUCAACACCUGUACUUCAUUUUUGGCAUAUUGGGCAUUCUGGCAUAUCAAAUUACUACAUGCUGCGUUAUAUGGUACCAAUAUCGGCUGGUAAAGUUGUUGCCGUUGUUAGCGCAUAUAUUAGCGUCUGGAAGGUACCCGUGUCAUAUGCGCAAACAGUCAAAGCUACGAUGCCUUUGUUCGCUGUUAUAUCGGCACGAAUUGUGUUGAACGAACGACAGUCGAAGCGUGUUUAUCUCUCACUAAUACCAAUUAUUACGGGCGUCACGAUUGCAACGUUCACGGAAAUAUCAUUCAAUGUGAAUGGUUUGCUCAGUGCAUUGCUUUCAACUGGUAUUUAUGCCGUACUGAAUGAAGGCGAGCCGUUACCGUACGAAAUUUGGUUUUUAUUCUACCUACUGCUCUCAGGAUUGCUUGCAUUCCUACAAAAUUUAUGUGCUUUCACAUUAAUUCAUCGUUUAUCGGCGCUUUCAUACGCAGUAGCAAAUGCUACGAAACGAAUCACCGUAAUAUCGGCAUCACUGUUAAUGCUGCGUAAUCCGGUAACAGUGACCAAUGUAUUCGGCAUGUUCCUCUCCAUCUUUGGCGUUUACCUUUAUAAUCGAGUGAGUCAUUCCCCGUUAUUUACUUUUUAUGCGUUUUGUGCUGUGUAACA